CUAAACUGAGGCAGGUAAUGCACAGAUUUAGAUCAAUAACUUGAUGAUAUGACUAGUGCAGGUAUUGCUAAAGUGUACAGCAGCAUCAACUAUGGUGGUGCAUCUGCAUUUGCAGCAAACUUCUCUAAUCAACAAGGUAUGUUCUCAUUGUGUUCCUUCAAAAACCCUAAUUUGGAUAAGAAAAAUGGUCAACAUGGGUCAAUCCAGAAACUAUUCAUCAUCUUCAAGAUCAAAGGAUUGUUUUCUGUAUCAGUUUAAGAAUAAUGUCUGUGGUGGUUCAUCAGGUGUUUGUAUUAAUUCCAAUGAGAAAAGAAAGAUUUUUAUUGGUUUGUCGAAAAUUAUUAAACAUGGACAUGGUUGUGUUCUGAGGGAUUUUUCAUUAGGUGAUAAUCAAUUUUGGCCAUUUAAUCUUGUAGAGAUUAUGAAAUUAUUCGAUGAUUCAAUUUUGUCGCUGGCAUUUUUUAAAUUUGUUUGUGUAAAUGAUUCUGAUUUUGGUAGUGAUAGCUCCAUUAGGUUGUAUUGUGAAUUAGCUCAUGUUUUAGCUUCACAAGAUAUGAGGUAUCUGUCACAAGAUGUGAUUUGUGUUGUGGUGAAGAGAAUUGGAGUAGAUCGUAGCCGUGAAUUGAUUGAUCUAAUGUGGAAGAGACGCGAACACUAUUUAUAUGAGUCUGAUUUUUCGGUUCUUGAUUCGCUAAUGAGGGGGUUUAUGAAGGCUGGUUUGGUUAGGAAUGCAUUGGUGGUUUUGGAUAAAAUAAGGGAGGAGGGAUUGGUACCGAGUUUGUCUGCUACGGGUAUUCUUUUCAGAAUGUUGAUUGCUGUUGGUGAUUUUAGUACUGUUUGGAGUUUGUUCAGAGAUAUGGUUGUCAAAGGGCCGAGGAUUUCAACUAAUGAGUUUAAUGUUAUGUUGGAUGGGUUUUGUGGGGAAGGGUGUUUUCAAGUGGUGGUGAGUUUGUUUUAUCUGAUGGGUAAAUUUGGGUGUGAGCCAGAUGCGUUUUCGUAUAACAUUCUGAUCAAGACUUAUUGUACUGACGGACGAUCUUCUGAAGCUUUGGCGUGGGUGAGGGAAAUGAUUGAAAAUGGUUGCGGUCCGAAUGUGGUUACGUUUAAUACAAUUAUCGAUUCCUUCUGUAAGCAGGGAAACAUGGUAGAAGCAAGAAGGUUGUUCGAUCAGAUUCAGGAGAGGGAUAUUAAUCCAACUACCGUCACCUAUAAUACGCUCAUUAAUGGGUAUGUGAAGGCUCGGGAGAUUCGACUAGAAGGUGAAAGGUCUACCUGCUGAUGGUGUAACUAUAAACACUAUGAUCCACGGGCACUGCAAGUUUGGUCGGGAAGAAGAUGGUGAGAGAUUGUUGGGGAAUGUUUCUGUUGCAGGUCUGUUUCCUUUGACAGAUAUUUCAGUUGCUGGGUUAUGUUGGGCUGGUCAACUAGAUGAUGCGAUGGGGUUGUUACAAGACAUGCUCCAAAAGGGAAUGCCUCCAAGCGUUGUUGCUUUUAACUCGAUCAUUGCUGGUUAUAGUAAAGCAGGGAGAGAAGAUAAAGCCUUUGAAGUGUAUAGGUCAAUGGCGGAAUUUGGUUUAACCCCAUCGUCCUGUACUUGCAGUUCUCUUCUUCUGGGUUUGUCAAAUAGGGGAAUGCUUCAAGAGGCCGGGGAGCUUCUUGAUAAAAUGGUAAAUAAGGGAUUUCCGAUUAAUAGAGUUGCUUCUACUGUUCUUCUAGAUGGGUAUUUCAAUAGUGGAGACCUUAUAAGAGCGCAUAAAUUGUGGGGUGAGAUGAAGAGUAGACGGAUAUGUCCUGAUGUGGUCGCCUUUUCAGCCUUUAUAGAUGGACUUUCUAAUGCAGGUCGUAUGGAGGAGGCUUACGAGGCCUUUGAAGAUAUGUUGAGAAGAGGUAUCACCCCGAACAACUUCACUUACAACUCUUUAAUUGGCGGCUUCUGUAAUUGUGGCAAAGUGGACUAUGCGUUGAAGUUGGAGAAAGAAAUGAGACAAAAUGGGCUUAUUCCAGAUAUUUUUAAUACUAAUAUGAUUAUUAAUGGGUUUUGCAAACAGGGUAGUAUGAAGGCGGCAAAUAAUACUUUCAUGCACAGAUUCGGACAGAACCCAGAUAUAGUCACAUACAAUACUUUGAUUAGUGGAUAUAUUAAGGCCUUCGACCUGGUAAAUGCUGAGGACUUCCUAGCUAAGAUGUGGGAUAGCGGAUGGCAGCCUGAUAUUAUCUCGUACAAUACAUGGAUCCAUGUGUUUUGUAGUAGCCGUAAAAUUGUUCAAGCUGUGAGGAUGCUGGAUGAGCUAAUUGCAUCGGGUUUUAUUCCUAAUACAGUUACAUGCAAUACCAUGGUGAAUGGUGUUUGCUGUGACAUACUAGAGCGUGCUAUGAUACUUACUGCAAAAUUACUUAAGAUGGCAUUUGUUCCAAAUGUCGUAACGGUAAAUACAUUGCUGUCUCAAUUUCGUAGGCAUGGGUUGCCGCAGAUGGCCUUGAUGUGGGGACAUAAGCUAUAUUUAGUGUCUUUCCCAUUUGAUCAUGUUACUUAUACGAUACUGCAGAGCACUAAGUGGGACUCACUGCAAGAUGCAGAGAUUGUGAAAGAGUCACCAGGGGAAGCCAUAGUGGUUGACUUUCUCAUGCACAUUACGUUUGAUUACAUAGCAAAAGAUAUGUCUUACCGGGAUAAGAACCAGCGUUAUUUAUCAGAAAUAUGUGAUCACAAUCUUUUGGCUCUUGGGAAAUGAAAUUAGUAGUACAGUUAUUUGUCAGUCAGCUAUCCACGGGUUAAAGGCCUGCAGUUUGGUCAUGACACCCAAUUAUUGGAGAAGAUUGAGUAUUCUUUUGGUCAAGAAGUUGAGGCGUAACAUUGACACUUGCUUUUCUAGUCGGAACUGCAGCCUCCCACCUUAUGCUCCGUUAAUCUUAUUUGUAUGGGAGAAUAUAUAUAACAAAAUCUAGACUACUGAGACUCAUCCGAAGCUGCAUUGCUGCUUUCCUGACGGAAUGAUCGGUUGCAGAAACUGCACAACUUUCGCCUGCAAUGUAAAAUAGAAUGCUACAAGGGAUUUUGCUUUGCCUCUCUCCAGUUUGGGUUCUUUUACACUUGCUUUGCCCCUCAUGUGUCUGGGAAAUUUUUGAUCCAGAACUGCAUUACUAUUGCAGUACUGGUAAUGCUUUAAUCUGUUCAUGGAAGUAUGUGGCAGAAGUUUAUGAGCAAGUGCUCCAGAAUUCAGACCGGGGUAAUAAGUAUUGUUGCUGUGACAGGACAGAAGUCAGUGUUUACUAAAAGUUAUCGAAGUAUUUGUUCUGGAAAAGAUCUUUGGAUUGAUUUAGCCGCUGAAUAUUGUCCUGCUCUUAAAGUUCUGCCCAGUGGCAAGGUCGGCUUACACAGACGACCUAAAUCACAAAGAUCAUUUCAUAAGCUUGGAGUACUUUAGGCGAAUUUGUUUAGGCAUGUAGCACCACUAUCACUUACUCAGUUUGUUUCUUUCAUCUCGGUUCUUCUUCAAAUCAACAGAAUCAAGUUCCAGACAUCCAGAGAUUCUGCUCGCGCAGAGAAUAGAAUGCUAAACACAAUUACAUAUCUAUCUGAAAUGUGUUGCAGAAUUCUACAGAGAAAAGAGAUGGAGGGUUUGAUCAAGGGUAUUCUGGAUGUAGCAUUAGGUGAUCGAGACAACAACAACAAAGAAGAAUCUUCUAAUGGUCAAGACAGAGAUGAAAGAUCUAGAUCAACAUGGGCACAAGUUGUCUCUGGAGAUGAUGAUCAGGAAGAUACAACAACCAAAACACCACCAAAUCGUAGUCAAGGUUGGAAUAGGAAGGAAGAGGUAGACAGGAAAGAAGAAAGAAGUGAGGAAUGGGAGAGUGCUGGAGGGCGACAUUCUCAACAGGCUGCAUAUGGGGGAAAUGACCAAUAUGAAGGUGCUCAAACUGAUUGUAACCAGAACAAAUGGAAUAGAAAGGAGGAACAAGAGGAAAAUAGUGAAGGGUGGGAGACUGUUGGGAAAAAACCUGCAAGGAGGCCUCAGAUAUGGAAAGACCAUAAUCAUGGAUAUAAUCGGCCACCAAGUGAGCAAGAAUACGCGGAUGAUGUUGGCCAUGGUUCUAAUAUCGAACCAUCAAGAGAAGAGCUUGCUGAUCUCUCACAAGGUUGUAAUAAGCUUUGGGAACUUGAUUCGAACCGUUUAGUGCCAGGAAAGGACUAUGAGAUUGUCUGUGGUGAGGGGAAGAAAGUGUACCAAAACGAUGAUAUCGCACAAGGAAGUUUAUUUGAUUGGCUUAGUGAAGACAUAUUCAGGAAGCCUACUUAUUCUCGUUUCUGUUCUCUUUUGGAUAAUUACAAUCCCGUUGUAGGGUCUAAAGAACAAGUCUCAGCUUAAGAGAAGCAAGAGGAAGCUGCAUUUAUAGAGGAGAUUAGUAGAACUGGACCAAUCCAAUAUCUUCACAAGUAUCUCACUUGCAAGGGCAUCGUUUCUGAUGAUAACCAAGAAUUCAAGAGAAUGUUGAGUGAUUUAUGGUUUGGUCUUUAUGGAAGAGGAGGUUCUUCCAGUAGUUCAUCUGCUUUUGAACAUGUUUUUGUUGGAGAAAUCAAGACUCAAGGGGAAGACCAAGUGACAGGAUUCCACAACUGGCUUCAGUUCUACCUAGAGGAAUCAGAAGGAAGAGUUGAUUAUCAAGGUUAUAUUUUCCCACGAAGACGUGGGGAAACCCCGGACUCUGAAACCCAGUUGCUUGCAAUUCAGUUUGCAUGGAAUGGUGUUCUGAAGGCUGUCUCGAGCACAUUCGUUGGAGUUAGUCCUGAGUUUAAAUUGCAUUGUAUACAUUGUGUUUCUUCGCUGGUGGAGAGGAAAACCAUAUUCAAAUCGGACCCUACCCUGUCAACAUCAAGUGCUAUCGAUUAGGGAAUGACAAGAUCGGUUCUGCAUUUCCAAUAGCAGAAUGUUGAAGUCUAUGUGACAAGCGUCAUAUAUUUUUAUUGUUAUCGCUAUAUAUACAGAAAUGUAAGAAACUAUGUCAACGUGUGUAUUAAGUGCCAACCUCUUUUAAAGGUUGCAGUCUGACAGAAACUUCUUAAAUGACGUGAUUUCAAAUGCAAUAUUUCCUUAGAAAUGUACUCCGUUUACUCUGA